AUGUAUUAUCAUAUCACCAAUCAUUUUGCUUCCCGAUCAUUCAUCGCUGCACUUUCAUUUUUAAAAAAUGCAUGCAGCCAGAGCGAAGCGGGAAAAGAUAUACAAGUGCAACUCAAAAGCACAUUUGAUUGUAAAGAAAAGCGCCAGUCAAUUGUAUGGGCGUGGUCUAUUAUUUGGCUAGCCAAUCGAUUGACAAUAGAAAUACAUGAAGGCGUGGCAGUGAAUUAUUGUACACGUCUACACGAUCAAUUGACAGAAGUCAGUUAA